UCCAUCGUUCAUCUUCGGCGAUCGAAAAAGGCUUAGAUUCAUUAUUUUGACGUCAAUUGAAUAGCCAAAUACUACUGUUGUUUUCCGAAUUCGUUCGUUAUUUUCCACGAUACUAAUGUGUUAACCUUCAACACCCAUAACAAUGGAUGUAAAAUCAUACUUAUUUUCAUGGGCAGCAAAGAAGGGGCUGACUCCAUCACUGGAUAUUAGGGGUACCGGGCCGAAACAUCGUCAGCGAUUCCUCUGUGAACUGCGCCUGGAAGGCUACAACUAUGUUGGAGCUGGUAAUUCUGUCACUAAGAAAGAAGCACAAAAGAAUGCUUCCCGUGACUUCAUUAACUUUCUUGUGCGAAUUGGAGAGGUCCCUGCCUCAGAUGUGCCAGAAGAUGUUAAAGUUAAAGCUGAGAAUGAAAAUUCAGGUGCUACAAACAUGAUGAUGAUGGAGCAAACCACACCUCAACAGAAAGCUGUUUUUCAGGAUGGUAUGGGACCUGAUAUGAUGGGUCAAGCUUACCAAGCAUACGGCGGGGAAAGACAAAACUUCACAUACAUGGAUCGUCUUCAACAACAGAAGAAUGUGGAAGACGCGGAAGACCUUGAUGUGAAUGCCAGUCUUCACGGCAACUGGACAAUGGAAAAUGCUAAGUCUAAGUUACACCAGUUCAUGCAGAUUAACAAGAUUAAUGCUGAUUACGUUUAUAAGGCUGUCGGACCUGAUCAUACUAGGAGUUUCUGUUGUGAGAUCACGAUAUUCGUACGACAACUUGGCCGCAAUGUCACCGGCCGAGAAACAGCAUCGAACAAGCAAACAGCGAGCAAAUCUUGCGCAUUGUCUCUAGUGAGACAGCUUUACCAUCUCGGUGUGAUUGAGGCUUUCAGCGGAACCCUGAAAAAAGACAAAUCGGCUGAUGGAGUCAUGAAACCUUACCCCGUGGCUAUCAGUCCAGAACUCGAAGAACAAAUUAUAGACGCCCUAAAAGCGUUAGACAUAGAUCCGAUCGACGUAGACGCCCCUCCACCGCAGGAGGGGGGUUCAGAGGGUGUUACGUUGCUGCAAGUGAAUAGGCUCAAAGCUAUGAGGGAGGCGCGCCCCAUGCCCUCCGGUGUCGUGUCCUGGAGUCCACCCCAAAGUAACUGGAAUGCUUGGACUGGGUGUAACAUUGAUGAGGGACCGUUGGCUACUACAAGCUUGGACGAAAUAAGCGCCGAUUUGGAAAAGCAACAUCGCGAUGUUAAUCAGAACAGCGAACUUUAUAAUGAAUCCAUUAGGGAGAGGCAGCAGUUGCCUGUUUAUGCGAUGCGGUCGCAAAUAAUGGAGGCUAUCAACGAGAAUCCCGUUAUCAUAAUCAGAGGUAACACCGGGUGCGGGAAAACCACUCAGGUGUGUCAAUUCAUAUUGGACGAUUAUAUAGCCAGUGGGCAAGGCGCUUGGGCCAAUAUUUGCGUCACUCAACCGCGAAGAAUAUCAGCUGUUAGUGUUGCAGAGAGGGUCGCUGCUGAACGUUGUGAAGAACUUGGCAACAGCACUGGGUACUGUGUACGUUUCGAGUCGGUCCUCCCACGCCCGUAUGGAUCUAUAAUGUUUUGCACUGUGGGUGUGCUGCUGAGGAAACUCGAGGGAGGUUUGAGAGGUGUCAGCCAUGUUUUGGUUGAUGAGGUCCAUGAACGCGAUGCCGAUACAGAUUUCGGUCUGAUCUUGCUAAGAGAUAUGGCCCAUACUUAUCCCGACCUCCGCAUAAUUCUAAUGUCGGCCACCGUGGAUACUACACUAUUUACCUCCUACUUCGGCAACUGCCCCGUCAUUGAGGUCCCCGGUCGUACAUAUCCCGUGAAACAAUAUUACUUAGAAGACUGUAUAGAGCUGACGAAGUUUAUGCCUCCACCGGACACCAGGAAACGCAAGUCUUCCGGGAAAAAGGCCAACAACAAAGACGACGAGGAAGAUGAUGAGGAAGGUCUUGGUGUCGAAGAAGAGGAAGACUUGAACAAGACUUGUAAACUGGAUUCUAACUAUUCACCACAAACAACAGAAGCACUAUCAAAACUCUCUGAAAAAGAUCUAAGUUUCGAACUUAUAGAAGCUCUACUUCUCUACAUCACAAAGCUUGGAGCAGAAGGCGCAGUGCUAGUAUUCCUUCCAGGCUGGAACCUGAUCUUCGCUCUGAUGAAGCAUUUGAUGCAAAACAAAAUCUUCGGGGACACUUCGAAAUUCGUGAUCUUACCACUGCACAGCCAGAUUCCACGUGAUGAUCAGAAGAAAGUGUUUAUUACUCCACCACCUGGGAUGACUAAGGUGAUUUUGUCAACAAACAUAGCAGAAACUUCAGUUACGAUCAACGAUGUGGUGUACGUGAUAGACUCGUGCAAGGCCAGGAUGAAGUUGUUCACGUCACACAACAAUAUGACGUCAUACGCCACCGUGUGGGCCAGCCGGACUAAUCUUGAACAGCGAAAGGGCAGAGCUGGUAGAGUCCGUCCCGGUGUUUGCUUUACUCUUUGCACAAGUACACGAUUUCAACGCCUAGAAGAGCAUCUAACUGCUGAAAUGUUCAGAACUCCACUUCACGAAUUGGCGCUCAGCAUUAAACUGCUCCGUCUGGGUGCUAUCGGGCACUUCCUAUCCAAAGCUCCGGAACCGCCGCCGCUCGACGCUGUCAUUGAAGCGGAGGCGUUGCUGCGUGAAUUGGGAUGCUUGGAUGCCCAGGAUGCGCUCACCCCGUUAGGGACCAUCCUUGCCAAAUUGCCUAUUGAACCUCGUCUAGGCAAGAUGAUGGUGCUAGGUUUCGUGCUCGGGGUCGGCGAUGCGUUGACAACUAUGGCAGCCCAUUCCACCACCUUCCCAGAAAUAUUCACAGUGGAGGGGCGCCGCAGGCUGAGUGGACAUCAACGUGCUCUCGCUGGAGAUCGGGCCUCUGACCACGUGGCUAUGCUGAACGCUUUCCAGAUGUGGGAGCGAGAAUGCGCUAAAGGUAAUGAUGCGGAGACCCAGUGGUGCGACUGGAAAGGUGUGCAACAGACCACUCUACGGGUAACUUCUGAAGCCAAAUACCAGCUCAUAAACAUAUUAACAACAAGUAUUGGUUUCUCGGAAGAGUGUUGUAUAGCCCAAAGAUGGAACCCCAAUGUGGAGGACCCGGUGUUAGACCUGGUUAUAGCACUGCUAUGUAUGGGACUUUACCCUAACGUGUGCCUGCAUCAAGGAAAGAGGAAGGUGCUAACAACAGAAGGCAAACCAGCUUUGAUACACAAGACGUCAGUAAACUGCAGUAAUAUGGAGCAGAAGUUUGCUUCACCCCUGUUCGUGUUCGGUGAGAAAGUUAGGACACGAGCUAUAAGCUGCAAGCAGACCACUAUGGUGGCGCCGCUGCAUAUACUGCUGUUUGGUAGCAGGAAAGUCGAAUGGAUCGACAACAUGGUCCGUAUGGACAACUGGUUGAACUUCGACAUGUCAGCGAAAUCGGCCUCCCUAGUGACGGCAUUGAGACCAGCCGUUGAGAAGUUGGUGGAGAGGGCUGCUUCCGAGCCGGACGCCGCUUUGAGUUUCACGAAUGAAGAACUGAAGGUAGUGAACUGCGUGAAAAAGUUAUGCACAAUGAACGCCGGCGACUACAAUAUAAAACGCGAUGCGCCAUCCGUUUCCUUUAGGCCCGAAGGUAUAAGGCGCGGCGGGCCUCCUCAACGCGGCUGGGGUACAAAUGGACCCCGUGGUGGCGGCAGCGGCUUUGGUAGAGGCGGUUUCGGUGGUAAUCAAGGUGGUUUCGGCAACCAAGGCGGUUUCGGUAACCAAGGAAACUACGGCAACCAGGGAAACUACAGCAACCAGGGAAACUACGGCAACCAAGGCGGUUUCGGCAACAACAACGGUGGUUUCGGUAAUGGUGGGGGCGGCGGUUACGGUAACCGAGGACGCGGUUUCGGUAACCGAGGUGGAUUCGGUAACCGAGGUGGAUUCGGUAACAGGGGGGGCUUCGGCAACAGGGGCGGAUUCGCUCAACGGGGCUCCGGUUACCAAAGUGGGUGGUAUAAUUAAUAUGUUCAUUCCAUUGUAUAAGUUAAUAUUAAUUUUGACAUAGUAUGGUAUACUGUGUUAUUUAUUGUGAUUGUAAAGUAAGUAUCAAAUAAAUAAAUUCUUUCCUGU